UGCCAUAUUAAAAUCCACUUGUGGCGACUGUGUUAGUGAAUGACAGCUAGGCUAGCGACUAGAUUCGACCCGGCAACUGCAUUGAUUAUCAAUUUACUGUUGUUUAGACCAUAAUACCAAUAUCAAAAUGUUUGAGGAGGCUAGUGAGGUGUUCGAGAACAUGUUUAAGUCCUCUUUCCCCCUGACUUUCAUUGUGUUUAUCCCCGCGGUACUGAUUCUCGUCUCACCCCUUCCAGCCGAAGCGGCACAUGAAUUCACCGUGUACCGCAUGCAGCAGUAUGACCUGCAGGGACAACCGUACGGGACCAGGAAUGCCAUAUUGAACACAGAAGCGCGCACAGUGGAGGCGGAAGUGCUAAGCCGCCGCUGUGUCAUCAUGCGGCUGGUGGACUUCUCCUAUGAGAGAUACCAGAAAGCCCUGCGCCAGUCCGCUGGGGCUGUGGUCAUCAUUCUCCCCAAGAAUAUGUCCACCAUGCCGCAGGACAUAGUACAGCAGUUCAUGGAGCUGGAGCCAGAGAUGCUGGCCACAGAGACCAUUGUUCCGGUUUACUUUGCUCUGGAGGAUGAUGAGCUGCUCUCCAUCUACACACAGACCCUCACCUCCUCCUCCUCCCAGGGCUCCUCCUCUGCAGCUGAAGUGCUGAUCCACACAGCCACAGCAAAUGGCUUUCAGAUGGUGACGAGUGGGGCUCAGAGCAAGGCAGUGAGUGACUGGGCCAUCACCAGUCUAGAGGGGCGACUGGCUGGAACUGGGGGAGAGGACCUGCCCACCAUUGUCCUGGUGGCUCACUAUGACUCCUUUGGUGUCGCUCCGUGGCUGUCCUACGGGGCAGACUCUAAUGGCAGUGGGGUGUCUAUGCUGCUGGAGUUAGCCAGGCUCUUCUCCAGACUCUACAGCUACAAGAGGACACACGCUGGAUACAACCUGCUUUUCUUUGUCUCUGGAGGAGGGAAGUUCAACUACCAAGGCACCAAGCGCUGGCUGGAGGACAACCUGGACCAUACAGACUCUAGUCUGUUGCAGGACAAUGUAGCAUUUGUGUUGUGUCUGGACACCCUGGGGAACGGGGACAGUCUGCACCUUCACGUGUCCAAACCCCCUAAAGAGGGAACCGCCCAGUAUGCCCUGCUCAAAGAGCUGGAGACUGUGGCGUCCAACCAGUACCCAGAGGUCAAGUUCUCAAUGGUGCACAAGAAGAUAAACCUGGCGGACGACACGCUGGCGUGGGAACACGAGCGCUUCGGGAUCCGCCGGCUGCCGGCCUUCACGCUGUCCCACCUCAACAGCCACCGCGAGGUGCAGCGCUCCAGCAUCAUGGACGUGCGGUCAGUGUCUUCUGAACAUGGAGCGGGAGAGCCCCCUGCUGGACCUCAUGUGGAUCUGAGAAAGCUCAGCAGGAACACAAAGCUGAUUGCAGAGUCGCUGGCCAGAGUCAUCUACAACCUCACGGAGAAGGGUGCCCCAGGUGACCUACAGAUUUUCACUGAACAAAUGCAGAUGCAGGAGGAGCAGCUGUCGUCGGUGGUGGACUGGCUGACAGCCCAGCCACGGGCUGCCCAGCUGGUGGACAAGGACAGCAGCGUGGUCAGCACCCUGGAGUACCACCUGGGACGGUACCUGAAGGACGUCCGCAGGCACUACGUCAAGGCUGACAAGAGAGACCCAGAGUUUGUCUUCUACGAUCAGCUCAAACAGACCAUGAAUGCUUACAGGGUGAAACCAGCCAUCUUUGACCUGCUUCUGGCAUUCUGCAUCGCAGCAUACCUCGGAGUGAUAUAUCUGUUCAUCCAGCACUUUGUGGUUCUCUACAGCGUGGUGCGCAGAAUCACAACGCCCAAGACCAAGCAGCAUUAAGACACUCCUCUUCCUCAUUCAGACUCCUCACUCACACCGACAACGAGCUCUAGCCAGUAACAAAACGGGGGCGGACCAAGCAGCUCAUCUUUUUUUUCUUUUUUUACCACCCAAUCUAUGUCCUUUGUUCCUCUUUGGAAAUGAAACGUGUUGAAUCAUUUCUCUCUGCCAGGUUUAGCCAUCCAGUCAGUUCCUUCAAUGGCUGUCAAGUCAGAAUGCACUCUGGUCUUCCUGUCCCCGUGAAAUCAAUGUCAAACAUUUCCUGGUCCGCCCAAUCCCACAUCAACUCCUAGUCCCUAAACCCUAUUUUCCCCUAUGAUCAGAGAGAAUUUGAUAGGUGUCAGAAAUAUGGUAAUAGCUUUACCUUGUGCUCAGAUAGGCUAGGUGACAUUUUCACCAGUUUGCUUAUACCUAUCCAGUCCUCUCCAUAAGGAGUAGGUACUAGGGGUUGAUGUGAGAUUGGACAUUUCUAUACCCACAGCUCACUCCUGAGUGCCCUACGGUGUGAAUUUUGCCAAACUACAAUGGGUCGUCUUCUUGGGCAGCUAUGGAGUAGCAUGAGUGUGCAGGAGCAGUGAGACUUGGUAAUAUUGUCUGGAUGGAUGGUUGAUAGUGCAGGAGCAGUGAGACUUGGUAAUAUUGUCUGGAUGGAUGGUUGAUAUAUUUGGUCACCCUGACUAGAUUUAUUUUUCUAUAGGAUUCAUUUUUUUCUUUAACCCCAAUGAACUAAUUAAAUAAUGCUUUCAGAAAGUAUUCAUACACCUUGACUUAUUCCACAUUUUGUUGUUACAGCCUGAAUUCAAAAUGGUUUAUAAAAAAAAAAUUCUCACCCAUCUACACACAAUACUCCAUAAUGACAAAGUGAAUUUUUUUUAAACAUUUUGUAGCAAUUUCUUUGCACAACCCUGAGUCAGAUGUUAGAAUCACCUUAGACAGUGAAUACAGCUGUCAGUUUUACACACUUGGAUUGUACAAUAUUUGCACAUUACUCUUUAUAAAAUUCUUCAAGCUCUGUCAAGAUGAUUGUUGAUCAUUACUAGACAGCGAUUUUCAAGUCUUGCCAUAGAUUUUCAAGACGACUUUAAGUCAAAACUGUAACUAGGCAACUCAGGAACAUUCAAUGUCGUCUUGAUAUGCUCCAGUCUAUAUUUGGCCUUGUGACUCCCAGUGUCUGUUGGAAAGCAGACUGAACCAGGUUUUCCUCUAGGAUUUAGUCUGUUUAUUUUUAUCCUAAAAAACUCCCUAGUCCUUGCGGAUGACAAGCAUACCCAUAACAUGAUGCAGCCACCACCACGCUUGAAAAUAUGAAGCGUGGUACUCAGUGAUGUGUUGGAUUUGCCCCAAACAAAGCGCUUAGUUAAUUUCUUUCUCACAUUUUUUUGCAGUAUUGGAGUAUUUUUAUUGUGUACAGGCUUCCUUCUAUUCACUCUGUCAUUUAGAUUAGUGUUGUGGUGUAACUACAAUGUUGUUGAUCCAUGCUCAGUUUUCUCCUAUCACAGCCAUUAAACUCUAACUGUUUUAAAGUCACCCUUGGCCUCGUGGUGAAAUCCCUGAGCCGUUUGCUUCCUCCGGUAACUGAGUUAGAAAGGACGCUUUUAUCUUUGUAGUGACUGGGUGUAUUGAUACACCAUCCAAAGUGUAAUAAUUUCACUAUGCUCAAAGGCAAUGUCUGCUUUUUUAUUUUUACCCCUAGGUGCCCUUUGCGAGGCCUUGGAAAGCCUCCCUGGCCUUUGUGAUUGAAUCUCUGGUUGAAAUUCAAUGCUCGACUGAGAGACCUUACAUGUUAACCACUAUUAUUGCACACAGAGUGAAUCCAUGCAACUUGUUAAUGUGACUUGUGACUUGUUAAUAAGCACAUUUUUACUCCUGAACUUAUUUAGCCUUGCUAUAACAAAGGGGUUGAAUACUUACUGACUCAAGACAUUACAGCUUUUCUUUUGUAAUACAUUUGUAAAAAAUAUCUAAAAACAUAAUUCCACUUUGACAUUAUGGGGUAUUGUGUGUAGGCCAAUGACACACAAUCUCAAUUUAAUAAAUGUUUUAUUCAGGCUGUAACACAACAAUGUGAAAAAAGUCGAGGGGUGUGAAUACUUUCUGAAGGAACUGUAUGUAUGAAUAAGAACAUGCAUUUAGAAUGAUAAAUUGUCCCCCAUACUAUCCAUUGCCAUCACUAGAGUAAGUACGGUUAUAGAAUGGAUUUUUUUUUGUUUCACCCCUUUGUAGACUAGUUUACUAGUGUUACUACAGUAUGCGACUGACUUAGUUUUGAUUUACAAAUGCCCUUUUUAAAAUGUGAAAACAUUAGACCCUCCCCUCCCACAAAUGUGUUAAUCAGAGAUGUAUGCAGUGUUGCAGUAAGGUCACAGACUGAGACAGAAUCGUGUUGGGAGAUUAUCUGGACAUGUCUAUUGCAACACGGUGAGCUCCACAUCGAUGUGCAGACACAGCACGUUGAAAUCCCCCCUUGCUCUCAUCAACUAAAGUCUUAAGGCAAGAUGUUGGUAGAUCAAAUUGGACCUUUUGGACAGAGUCUGGUAAUAUCAAUGUGUUGUCCCUCGUCUUCGUCUAUAUCCCUUACGGUCUUUGAGCUUGAGGGGAGAGGAGACAACACUUGUGUGCUGUGGUUGGCAUGCAGUAUCACAUGUAGGAAUCCCAUAAUGCUCUCUCAGUCAGUGAGAGCAAAUGGGCUGGCGAGAUUCACCUAUCAACACAAGGUAAAAAACUGAUAUAUAUAUAUAUAUAUAUAUAUAUAUAUAUAUAUUUACAUUUUUAUUUAUUGAAGCAGACUAUGCUAAACUGCACUGACUUGAACUCUCAAGACUCUUUUUGUCCAACACCUACAUUUACCUUUGUUUCGACUGUUUUACCUGGUCCACGUAAACUUGAUUCUUGCAAUGAAAAUGACAAAGAAUAAAUGAAUUUGUUGAAAUAA